UUGCUGGGGUUGGGCGACGCGCUGAUGCGUGCGGUGAGGGUUGACGAUGUUCAGGGCGUGAAGAGGUGUUUGGGGGAAGGGGCGAGUGUGAACGGGAGGGACCAGAACGGGUGGACCCCACUGCAUUGGGCUGCAUUCAAGGGUCGAAUAAAGAGCGUGAAGGUGCUGCUUGAACACGGUGGUGAGGUUGAUACUGUGGAUGAUGCUGGCUACACUCCCCUGCAUUGUGCUGCUGAGGCAGGGCAUUUGCAACUUGCCCUCUUCUUGAUCACUCAUGGUGCUUCUCAAUCACAUCUCAAAUCCUUUCCCUAUCUUGCAGCUCACCCUCUUCACUUUUUCGACUCUUUCCAAAAUCAGGUUUCUCUUCCUUCUAAAUCUAACACACUCAUGUAUCACUGAAUCCAAAUCUCUGUUUUGUGUAUAUAUUAUGUGUAGUGUGGAAUCUUCCUUGGUGAUUGCUUGGUU